AUGGCUCAGAACGGAGAGACAAAGGCCAACGAUGGCCGAAAGCGAGUCCUGAUUGUAGGAGCUGGUGCAGCUGGCAUGUCUACAGCUCACCAUUUAUCACAGCAUCCAGACAAAUUCGACAUAACUCUCAUCGACGCAGUUGAUUACUGUGGAGGCCAAGCCUUUUCUAUUCCCAUUGACAAAGAACGCCAUGGAGCUUCUUGGUGCAAUCAGGGUGUCCAGGGAGGUUCUUAUAUCUUCCAUCACACCGUCACCAUGUUCAAUCGUCAAGGUUACCACGCGGAUCCUUGUGAACUGCAAGUCUCUUUCGGAAAAGAGGAAACGUUCUGGAAUAAUGUGUUUCCUACCGAACUACUCGUCCGUCACCAAAAGGAAGUCCGUCGCUUGACAACUCUUCUCAAAGUCAUGCGUUGGUUCGAGAUCUUCUUUGCUCUGCUCCCGCUGAGGCUGGUAUUUAAACUAUUCAUGUUUUCUGAAGAGUUUACGAAUACUAUUGCUCUUCCUAUGACAGCGCUGUUCCUUGGUACUGGAAACGAAACACCGCGGGUCCCCGCUAUGAUGUUUGAGAGACUUUGUACUUCGCCAACCUACGGAAUGUGGUAUCCUGCCGAUAAAAACACAGUCAUAAGUAACAAACCACCAAUGAUUGUGUUUCCCAAGUUCUCGGAAUUUUACGAGACCUGGCGAAAGGAUCUCAUCUCUCGCGGCGUCACUGUCCGAUUGUCAACUGAAUUGACCGAGAUUGUUCAACGAAACAAACAUGGUGUCGUUGUAAAGCUCAAGCCUCGAACUCCGAUGCCCGAUCAUCACAACCCAGCUGGAGGAGACCCCAAUGCACCUGUUGGAGAAGAAAAGUAUGAUGAGCUUGUUCUUUGCUGUCUUGCAGAUACAUCCAAGCGCGUCCUGGGCAAGACAGCAACCUGGAAAGAGAAAAAGGUUCUCGGGUCCGCUAAAUUCAGUGACGACAUCACCAUUACACACAACGACGCCGAGUAUAUGAAGAAGCAUUACGAGAACUUUUACCGCGAUGACCUUGCUGUCGCCAACGUCAACGGCACCGAUCAGUCGUCUCGUCUGAACUAUGCAAAGACUGAGUAUCGACCCAUGUACUAUAUCAAGAUGUAUCCUGAGGACAAGUCUAAACUGGAGAUGUGCUUUGACUGCACAAACUACCAGAGUCAAUUCCCAGAGAAGGUUCCCUUUGAACAACACGUUUUCCAGACAAUUUACCUUAACAAAGACCGCGAUGGAAAGCUGUGGUCGGAUGAUGAGAUCGACAAGGAUAAAAUUAUUCGAAAGGAUUGGUGGCAUCAGCUAUGUCACAGCUACACGCACUACCUCUUUGUCGUCCCGUGGAUGAUGUUCCUCAACGCCAAGAACCACACUCGCUUCGCGGCAUCGUGGACACUCGUCAACGCCCACGAAGUUGCAGUCAUGUCGGGUAUCGCAGCUGCUGUGGACCUUGGAGCGACAUACCCCGAGGAUUUAGAGAAUGACAAGUUUGCCUUCCUCUGUUUCAGACUUUACUACCUCCUUACAUAUGGAAAGUGGUAUAGACGAAACUUUACAUCCAAAAAGUAUAUCAAGGAACAUGGAGAGACACAGGCUGCUAUGGAUGGCAAGAGUUGGGCUACAGGGCUUUAUGGAAGCGUUUAUAAGGGACCUGGCGUUUCUGAGAUUGAGAGGAGUUGUUGGAGGGAGGAGAUUAAGCAGGGAGCCAGCACUGGUAAUCUGUCUUAG